CAUGAUAUGGAAGCGGCCACGUCAAAACAAUAGUAAAUUUGCUUAAAAUUGUUGGUUUUAGGUCAUUUAUUCAAUAUUAUUACAACAUUUGUAGAAAGAUGGUGAUAAUGACGAUGAUUGCUAGGGUGGCAGACGGCCUGCCGCUCGCAGCAUCAGUACAGGAAGACGAACAGGCUGGCCGCGGUAUGAUGGAGUAUCAGAAUCAGGCAAAGCAACUCUUCCGUAAGAUUUCUAGCGACCCCCAACCUCCUGCAAGGUGUAGUCUAGAGUCGGGUCCUUAUAUAUUUCACUAUUUCAUAGAGAGAGGAGUCUGCUACCUCGUGCUGUGUGAUAAAACCUUCUCCAAGAGACUGGCUUAUUCCUUCCUGGAGGAUUUACAGACAGAAUUUGCAUCCAACUUUGGGGCUAAAGUGGAAACAGUGUCCAGACCAUACAGUUUCAUUGAAUUUGAUACUUACAUACAAAAAGUCCGCAAGAAUUACAUGGAUUCUAGGGCUCGUAAAAACCUAACUUCAAUCAACACGGAGUUGCAAGAUGUUCAGAGAAUCAUGGUACAAAACAUAGAUGAUGUUUUACAAAGAGGGGACUCUCUUUCAGUAUUGGAUUCGAAGGCUAGUCAUCUGUCAUCGAUGUCAUCUAAGUAUAAAAAAGAUGCUAAAUAUUUGAACUUGCGAGCGUCUUACGCAAAAAUAGCUGCCAUUGUUGCUGUUGUAGUUGUGUUCCUACUGUUCAUUCGAUUCUGGAUUUUAUGAAGACGUUCUACACUGACAGAGUUCUAUUAUAUAUAAAUAUAUAUAUAGAGAGAUAAGGAUUAAAGUGUUAUGCUCAUGACUUGUUCCUUAAAUGAUAAAAGCUUGAAACAAUUAAUUAAAAAAAUGUCUUAAUUUCGAUAUAUUUAUCAUAAAUUGAUUUCUCAAAAGUUCAUGUAAAAACUUAAUAUUAUUGAUUUUGUGAGGAUUUUUUUCAAAGCAAUGGAGAGUUUUUUAGUGUUUCAGAUUUAAAGUUUUUUAUUGCUUUCUAAAUGAGGGCAUAUCAGGAUUUGUGGUAUGCUCAGUUUCAGUUUAUGUAUAAUUGAAGAAAAAACAUUAGUGUUGAAAAAUGUUUAACGAUUCAUGACAUUGUUCAAGAUGUGUGUUCUGACACAUGUUAUAUAUGCGAAGUGCUGUAGUUAUUCAUUUAAAGUGCUUUAUUCAUUAUAAAACUUGAUUUUUCAACAAACAUGAAUGAAAAAUAUUAGAAAAUUCCUUUCGAUUGUUACAUUAUAGCUGCUAUGAAAUAAGUGAUUGUUUAUGGUAAAUAUUGUUUAAAGCAUGUAAUUUUUAAUGCAUGGAAUAUACAUGAAUGUGCAUUCAAAUAGGCAGUGUUUAUUGAUAAAUGAUCAAUUAUUACUAUUAUUUAUAAAAUAAUGGGCCAAUUGUUCAGAACAUUGUUAAAGUUACCAACUUGUUAAACAAAUUGUUGUUAAAGUUUAAAAAUGAACUAGUUACUGUUGCGGUCCUAAAUUUAAAUAAACCAAGUACAUCUGAAGCAGCUGUCUCAUAUUUUGUUUGUAAUACUGCAAAUCACAAGUUCAUCCAUGUAAUUUCUAAGUUCUUAACCAGUAAAAUUAAAAACAAUCACGUUAAUAACGUAGUAAACUUUAACGUUUGUUAAGUUCUAAACAAUCGGCCCAAUAUUUUCAGAAUUGUAUUAUUCAUGUACCAACUAUUGCAAUAUCAUUCAAACUAAUCACAGUUUUUCAUGUCAAGUCUGGUAGAAUAUUUCGGUUCCAUAGUUCAGUAACAGUAAUAUGUGAAUAUUUUUGUUUCAUGGAUUUUAAUGUGUACACUCAUUAAAAUUCUUUUUUGCUUGUCUGAUUUUCGGAGAAGAAAACUCAAGGUAUUGUAAUAUUAUUGCUGUUGUUGUCGCUGGUGUCUGUGACGUGCCAAAUACUUGAACCUCUGUCAUACAUCAACAUCUGCUUAAAGACAUAUGGUACACCAGUCCUGGUGCUAUAGACUGUGCACACAUGUAUAGUAAGGCCCAUAACUCUGGCUUGAACAUUUGUCGAGUUAAGCCUCUAACAAACUUUGUUUCAUUGAUUUUGAACUGUGCUCUCAUUUAAUCAUUUUUGUUGUUGAUUCCUGUAUGGUAAAUCUUGGUAGGUAAAUAAAUGAGAAUGAAAGUAUAGAAAUGUUUGGCAUAUGAGUACAUGAUUUCAUAUUAAGAUUUGGAAAAGGUUUGUAACAAUCAGUGUAUGAUGUAAAUAUUAGAAUAUAAAUAAAAUAUGUCUCAUUC